CUUGUCGCAUCUCGUUGUGAGCAGCCUACAGAGGGCGGCGCCUCUGUCUAUCACAGCUUCACCGUGUCGCAAGCUUUCAAGUACGACAGGCGUCAUUCGGCUUUGCUCUGUAUCCGCUCUAGCAUCGCCCCCCGCCCAAAAUGCCUCAUGGUUUUGAAGACAUCGAUGAUGCAGACGCCAUCUUCCACGACCCAACGGAUGGCGACCUUGAAGCAGAGGAACAAAUCAAUGGGGAAUUGAAAGACCAGGCUGAGGAAAAGAAGGAAGAAUCCGACGAAGAGGAGGCGCCAGUGACUUCUAAAGAUGCGGGCGAUGUUCCGGAGGAUGACGUGAAGGACGGUGCAAGAGGAGAAGACGACGCCUCCGAAGAUAGCGACAAGGAGGAGGAGGAGGAUGAGGAGAAGGAGGAGGAAGAGGAAGAAGGCUCCGAGUACAGCGUCGAAGCUAUUCGAGCUCACAAAUUCCUUAAAGGCGAGGUUUACUACUUGAUCAAAUGGCAAGGCUACGGUGAACAUGACAAUACGUGGGAACCUGAAGAUAACUUGUUACCACAUGCUCGCCAGACCCUCGCGAAGUACCACAAGAAUCUGGGUGGACCGCCGGUUCCGCCCGUGAAAAGGACAAAGUCAAAGCAGAGGUUGCGUGGACAAGCCUCGUCCGAAGACCUCCCGGCCACGAAGCGUCGGCGGCGCAACAACGGUGACGUCUCAGAGAGCCCCGGGGACAACCCCCCUGAAGAGACCGUUGGCACGUGGCUUCCUAGCAGAGAAGACUGGGAGAGUCUGGUGGUCAAGGUCGAGAUGGUGGAGCGAGAUGACGCCGGCCAACUACUCGCCUAUAUCAGGUUCAAGAAUGGCAAACGGUCCAAAGUCGGCAUGGAUAUGGUCUACAGACACUGCCCCAGACCGAUGCUCAGGUUCUACGAAGAGCAUCUGAAGUUCAAUGGACCCUAAUGAACCACCCUCUCUGCACUGUAUAUUAACCUCCCCCACCUUUUCCACUCGGCAGAUCAGGGCGAACCCGCCCAAAGGUUAAUAUUGUUUUGGGGACAUGAUGGGAGAUUUGAUGAUUCUUUGCUGUACGGCGCUGGAAACAAGGACGGGAACGAGGCUAUGGGGUUUGGGACCGUGGACAACCGCCAACGGGGUUUGCGGUGGAUGUUGGGGGAUUUCCCGACAUGACAAAGAACGAAGAAGAGCACAAUCUGCCGACUCCUCUCUCGAGGCCGCGGAGUUGCCAGUGGAGCUCAGCAAAGCUUUUAAAAGUUGAUGGAAGCGAGAACCGGUAAAGCAGAGAAAGAGUCGGGCUUUUUUCUGUGGUGUGGUGCAAGCCUGGGGUGACGGACUUUGAUGGAAUGGAAUAUGCCACUUGCGGCGCACGGUUCGGCGCUUUCCGAAUCGAGGAAUGUAUGAAGAACAGACAAGGUUGAUGACGACUUGGUUCGAGUUCAAGAGGGAGAAGGAGGCACGCAAGGAAACAAGCAGGGAGGCAAGCUUUGGAUGACCAGCCGAGCUACGGCGGGAAUGGCUACUCUUCGUCUGGGUUUGCGCAGCCCGGCACCGCAACAAUUUCAGCGCCAACUACAUUGUUUCUUGUUUCAUUGCGGAAUUGAGCUCAGUAAGGGUGGACGAGGCUGGCAAGCACUGAGCUGGAAGCAAUGAAAAGGCAAAGUCUUCGCAAAGCGACCUUGGAACCGAUCAGGAUACCACCGGCCAAAGCAUGAACACUGGGUUCCUGCAGAGAUCCUGUCGUGAUAG